AGCUAAUUUGAGGAAGAUGUUCACUUCAGAAGAGUGGACUAACUCUAGAUUUGCAAAGGAAACACGAGGUAAGCAACCAGCUCAAACAGUGCUCCAGGAAUCAUUUUGGAAAAAUAUUCUUUUUGCUCUCAAGGUGUCUGGGCCUCUUGUCAAGGUGCUUAGAGUGGUGGAUAAUGAGGACAAACUUGCUAUGCCUUAUAUUUAUGAGGCUAUGGAUAGGGCAAAAGAAGCCAUUGCAAAAUCUUUUGAUGAAGAGAGCAAAUACGAGAAAAUAUUUGAAAUCAUUGAUGAGAGAUGGAAUGUUCAAUUGCAUCGUCCUUUACAUGCAGCUGGAUAUUAUUUGAAUCCAGCAUUUUUUUACUCAAAUGAAAGUAUUAGAGAAGACAACGAGGUUAUUGAAGGGUUGUAUGCUUGCAUAGAGAGACUGGUUCCCACUGCAGAAGUGCAAGACAAACUUUCGAAGGAGUUGAGCUUUUAUAAGAAUUCUGAAGGGUUAUUUGGCAAACAAAUAUGUAUUAGAGGAAGGAAUCAAUUAUCACUAGUUGAAUGGUGGUCUCAAUUUGGUACUGGAACCCCUAAUUUGCAAAAGUUUGCCAUGAAGAUUUGUAGUCUCACUUGUAGCUCUUCAGGUUGUGUAAGAAAUUGGAGUAUCUUUGAGCAUGUAAGCAUUUCAAUCUUAUUAGUAAUAUUAAGUAUUAACUAGAUGAUUUCUUAUAUCUUUCAACUUUCUCCAAUUCUAAUUUAAUUAUUAUGGCAGCUUCAUAACAAAAAGAGAAACCGAUUGGAGCAACAACGUCUUAAUGAUUUGGUAUUUGUGAAGUAUAAUAGAGCUUUGAGACGUCGCUUCAAUUUACGUAAAUCAAUAGAUCCCAUUUCCUUGGAUGAAAUUGAUGAAAGUAAUGAGUGGUUGCUUGGGACAAUUGACCAACUUGAUGAUUCAGAUAAUGAACUUGUACAUGAGGGCGAUGAUUUAACAUGGGCUGAUGUUUCUAAAGCUUCCGGUGUUGAAAAAGCUCACUAUGCAACUAGAUCAAAUGCUCCAACCCUAAAUUUGACAAAGAGUAGAAGAAAGGCCACUACUUCAAAUGCUCCAAUUGAACCUGAUGAAGAUGAAGAGGAAGAGAGAUAUGAUGUGGAAGAAGAGGAUAUUGGAGAUGAUGUUUCUGAUGAUGGGAAUAUGGAAAUGUUAGAUCUUGAUGUUGACAAUGAGGAUGAUUUUUAGAUUAUCUAAUCUUAAUUAGGAUUUAAGAUCUACAAACUUCUUUUGGAUUUAAUCUAAUUUUAGUUAAAGACUUUUCUUAUAAAUUUUUUUAACUUCUGUGAUACUUAUAUAUUUUGGUUGCUGAAAUAUGGUUGGAUUUGUUGUGCUGGAAUUCACAGGUAUGUAACUUGUUUUAAUAUUUAUUUCUCUUGGUAGUUAGUAUGUUAAAUUUUUUAUUUUUUUUAUAACAUGCUUGUUAAAAUAUUAUUAGAAGUUAAGACUUAUUUUAUACCUUUUUCUUUAACUAUGACAUUUUUUUUUUUUAUUAAUUUGCGCCUAGUUCCACCAGGCUCGCGCCUCGCCUUGUACCUCAGGCUCCAAGACCCUUGUGCGCCUUGCGCUUUUAAUAACACUGAUUAUGUGCCACCAAUACAACAAAAGGAAGGUAUAUAUAUUGUAUCCAACACUUGCACCCAAACUAGACACUUAAGUAUUUUAAUUUUUAUGAAAUUUGAAAAAAGAAAAUUCAUAUUUCAUAAUAAGGAAAAAUUUUAAAUAUCUCAUAUGGAUAAAAGACAGAACUCUCAUUUUUUCUCCAAAUUCAAAUUAAUUUGAGGUGAAUCUCCAAAUAAUAACAUCAAUUUGUUUGGAAUAUUAUAUAGUACACAUUAUUUUUGAACUUCAUAGAUUUUUCCUCCAAGUUCCCUAUUUUAAUAUAUAUCACAACAUCCUAGUAUCCUACUUUAAUAGAAACGCUUCAACUUUAGGACAAAUACCCAAACUUUGAUAGUUAAUACUCGUAUUCAACCUCGUGAUAAACCACAACAAUCAAUUGUUACUAGCUAAG